GCUGUUCGUUGUCUGUUCAAGAGGACCUAACUGGUGAGCAAGCUUUAAUACGAUUUCUAGUUUGGAAGAGCAAUUAGUGCUCUGGUUUGCUUUAUAAAUUGUGUUUAAAGCAGCUGCUGAUCAAGGAAUUGGGUUUUACGCUCAAAUUUUUGUCAGAACUAGCUUGUUCUUUGCAGCUCGAUUUACAUUGAGGUAGCGUAUUCGCUUCUCGACUCAGAGCCAGGGUUUUCAGUGUUCUCUUUUGCUUUGUGAAUUGAAUUUUAAGCGGUAGUUGAUCAAGCCAUAGGGUUAUAUUCUCAAAACAUAUAUCAGAACCAGCGUGUUCUUCGCAGGUCGAUUUUCAUUGAGGCAGAUCUCACCUUUCGUGAGGGAUGAAACGUAUUUGCGGACCUUUUUUUUAGAAUUUAUUUAUGUCUUUCGAGAGAUUUUGUCAACCAGCAUGUUUUUUUGCUGCUCGAUUUACAUUGAGACAGCCCAAAACUCCCGUGAGGAAUGCAACGAAUUUGCGGACCUUUUGUUUUUCAGACUAUCAUUAUGCCUUUCAAGAGACUCUUUGUCCUGUGACACUCGCUCAUUAGAUCUUUGUGUUUUAUUCAAGUUUAUAUUUUUAUACCUCUAAUACAUUCCGCCCCAUUCUUGCGCGCUUUUCACACAUUUUACCUUACACCAUAUUUUGUCUUAUGUAUAUUACCACGCGAAAUAUUUUUCUUAUCCCUGAUGACGUUGUUGCUCGGAAUUUAAUUAUUAUUUUUAAUUUCAGCAGUCAAAGGCCUCAUUUGAACUAUAUUUUUCUUUCUAACGUUUAAAGCUUUGAUACAAUGGAAUUUUCCAUGAAACAUAAGUGUUAAGUUGCUCAUAUUUACCAACAAAGCUUCAAGCCAUGCUGUUAUUGUUCAAUAAAAGUGAAAGCCUAGAAUGUGCCAAAGUUGUUCUUUUGAAGUUGGGUGCCAUCCUUUUCUAAAGCGGAAUCCAUUUUAAACCUCUAAAAUUAUAAACAAAAUAUCGCGAAGAUCUAAAUAGGCACAUUCCACAAAAGAUAAACGAAUUCGCCUCGUUGGAACUUGACGGAAGGUACCCCUAGUAUUAACAAAAAAGCCUGUCUUUUUUGUUUAUUACACUUAUUUGUUUAUUAUGCGCGCCCUUUUUGCUUUAUAAGCAAAUAAAUUGUGCUUAUUAAACAAAAGAGCUGCGCUUUUAGGCUUGUUAAACAAAACCUCCACUACACAACCAUGGCAACAAAUUAUUUCUCCCAACCUCCAUUACGGGAAAAAUUAUGUAAGGCUAAAACAACGGCGCUACUUCAGCAUCUUUGCACAUGCAAGAAUUGUAUUUUGCUGAAUAGCCGACUGGUUAUUCGCUACAUUAAAAGAAAAAAAGACGUGUCUUUUCGUUUUGGAACAUAUUAUUUUGCCAAAGAAAGAUCUUCGCAGCGCAGUGAUCGGCAACGGCGACUCGGCCGCAAGCAAGAAUCUUGUUCAAAAGAUUUCAGUGUUUUUAAUAAAACAUUCACUCCUGUUGGCACUUGCCGGAAGGUACCCCUAGUUUAUAUUUAAUGUUUCACCCCAGUGUUUUACCCAGUUUAAUGGCAGUGUCCAUCGAGUCGUUUGAUUUUUCAGUGAAUAUUUGGCCUCAAAUUCUUGAAAAAACUUUAGACAUUCGGGCAUUAUUUUGUCACCGUGGAAGUCCAGUGGAACUAUGAGGAUAGCCUUCGUAGCAUGGCGGUUUUGUCGAACGCACUACUGAGCGGCGAAGCCGCAAAAGCGCGCGCGCACUACUAUGAGGAACAUUCAAAGUGGCCAGAUUCUUUCUCUUCACUCCCUAUUAAUAGGGAAAGUGCCACGGCAUUGUUCGUAUUACAGAUUAUACACUUAAAGUUGCUCAUUUUGUCUGUUUCCUGUGUACGUCGCGAUUUCCUUUAUUUAAAAGUUUUUUUUUCCAAUUCGUGUUUCUUUAACGUGACUCGACCCAGUUUUUGGGGGGGAGUGACAUCCUACUUUGAAGCUCUCUGGUAUCCCCACCUUUACUUUUAUCGCAAGUCUAACACAUAGAAUGGAUAACAUAUAGAUCAGUCUAAAAUAUAACAUAAAAUUUUUGGCGAUCGGAGUAAAUGUCACGUGGUUAUAAUGCCACGCCCCUUUGAGGUAUGAGUCGAAAAUCUGCUGUUGCCGGCAUUUUUUCGUGAAAAUCUUUCAGCUACACAUAGUGCGCAUUAGUGCCUUGCGCUGAACACAGUUUCACCAAAAUCGCAAAGACCCAAUUCGAGAAAUUCAGCGGUUUCCAAAUUUAGGUCAUAAUUUAUGCGAAAAUGAUAAGCAAACUUUACACGAUUAUAUCUAAUAAACUAUGAGAUUCAUCCCUUUAUUUUGGACAUCGUUAUAACAGAUGGGUCCUUGCAAGUCAGCAAAACGCUUUUGGGCCUUGUAAAUGCGCGCGAUUUCGAGAAAAGCAAACAUAUAGAAAUUAUAGUUUUCGCUAUUUGUUGACGUUUGUCAACGUUUAAGAGUCCUUCUCACGAAAAAAGCAUUUUCUUAAAAAUUCGUAAUUUUUUUUUCUUCAAAUUUUUUCAGGGCCACAAUUGAGUAACUAACUACCCGGACUCUGAAUUUCAUGGUCAUUGAAAAACUGUGACAUUAUCUUCUAUAAGCCCAAACUUGAGUAAACAUUGAAGAUUUUUAGCGUUUUGGAUGAGUCUGUGCUUUGGGAGUUGUCUAUUGUUUCUAGUCGGUCAUGAUACAGCACUGAUUCUUGUUCAGCACGCGUGCAAUGACCGCGCUUGGCUGACGUCCAAAUGCUCACCGAUUUUGGUGAAACUGUGUUCAAGGCAAGGCACUAAUGCGCACUAUGUGUAGCCGAGAGAUUUUCACGAAAAAAUGCCGGCAACAGCAGAUUUCGACUCAUACCUCAAAGGGGCGUGACAUUAUAACCACGUGACAUUUACUCCGAUCGUCAAAAAUUUUAUGUUAUAUUGUAGAUUGAUCUAUAUGUUAUCCAUUCUAUGUGUUAGACGUACGAUAAGAGUGAAGGUGGGGAUACCAGAGAGCUUCAAAGUAGGAUGGUACCCCCCCAAAAAACUGGGUCGAGUCACCUUAAGUCGCGUUAACUUCUAUAAAGUCCAAAUUCGCUGGGACCGUGAGUCUUAAAAAAAAUUAGAAUCCACAGAAUGUUGGUAAAAACAAUCAACAAAAUUUUAAAUGAAAUUACAUCACCUACGGAAGACAUAAACUUUAUCAAUUGUUCGUUUACUUAACACUCAUUUGGAGUUAUAAAAACUCCGGUUAUUUUCGUGGCGGAUCACCGUCUGAUAUUUAGGAUUUCAACGGACUUUAUUGUAGAGUAUUUGGGACGAUGUGAAAGAAAGCGGGUUUCGGUUUCGAAUACGUGGAACUCGCAUAGGGGGUACAGUCAAUUUUCCCUCGCCUCUAGCGAUUUGCUCAUAACUUUUACAUGAAGUUUCCGCGAUCGUAAACUGAGUUAUUAAGGGCCUCGCCAUGUUACAAAUAGUCAUUGAUGUUACAAAUAGUUAGAUGAACAGCUGGAUGAAGUUUUUAAUUGCGUCUCUUGCUUCUAUUAAACAACUCGUUCAUCUUGGUAUCUGCCGCGGUUUAUUCGAAGGUGUUAGGAGUUCGUUUUCAAUAGUAUAAUUGAAAACAUGACGCAAGUGAUUAGCUGCAGGGCAUAAAUUUGCGGCAAGCAGUUGAGAGGCCUGGCACGUUAGAAUUUUCUUUUUUCAUGUUCUUGGAAAACAAUGAUUCGGAACUUAGCACUCUAAAAUAAAUAGCGCUUCCCGAUGGCAAAGUUGGCACAACUCUGAGUUGCUCGACAUUGGGAAGUUCAACUGUGCUUAGAUAAAUUACAAAACCACUAAGGACUGCGAGACAGCUAAAAGGUAAAAGAAUAUGUACUCCCCCCAAUAAACAUAACCGAUUAUCUCUAACAAAAUUCGAUUUUAAUGGCCUACGGGAUGACUGCAUCAUCAACUUGUAAAUUAGAUCGUUGAUAUCUCAAUGACAAUUUGGCUGAGAAUUUAGUCUGUUCACAGGCGUUCUAAUUUCGUUUUAGUCGUCGGGCGCGCGUACGAAAAUAUAAAACCGCGGAGGAUUGAUUUAUUGACCGCUGGGACUGAGUGAAACGUCUUGAUCUACAUGGGUAUCUGGUUGGUUCGGAGAACCUCUCAGAUGUGCAGUAGAGAAAAGCAAUGCUUUCUAGUAUAUCGGGUGCAAGAAGAAAACCGUACAUUAACGAAAACAUUUUGAGGCUUGUCUACUAAAUUCCCUACGGUUUUCUGAACUUUAUUUUUCACAUUUCACUGCCCAUCUUGGCUAUUUUUCGUAGGAAAAGGAAACCUAAAAUUUUCGGAUUCAAAAAGGUAACGGAGAGAGGAAAAUAGAAAAAUUCUCACUUUCGUAAAACGUUAAAUUGCAUCUAAAAUUUUUGGGAAGAUAAUACUGAAGCCCUCGUAAUUUCGAAAAGAUUCAAGUUCCCCUAGGAUGACAGAACAGAUACAAAUUUUAUAGCACCGCUUUGAAUGCACUCCUAGAUAUCUUAAAGUACACUGGGCAGCCUAAAAAGUGUUUUCAAUGCAUUUCGGAGGAAACCGUCGUUGGGUGCCCCUGAACAAUCAGUCUUUUUCUACACUUCGCAGUUUCUAUACCGCGCAUUUUUCACACUCCGCAAAUUUAAGAAAAUUAGUUGCCUUAGAUAUGUUAUUAUCCUGAUCCGGCUUUCUUUUCUUUGUCACCUUAACAAGGUAGCUAGUCUUCGGAACAAAAUGUCACUGUCAUAUGCCAAAGGUUUUAUCCUCCUGGGUAUCAUCAUUUUGGUUCCCAAGCCAGGAAUGUCUGAGCUUCCGUAUGAAGUCCUGGAUUCGCUGGUAGAGCUUAGUGAGUUUGAUGACUUCAAAGAUCUGAUGAAAGUCAAUGUAUCUGAUGAGCGAGGGCCUACUCGUUCAAUAUAUCGACUCGACCUAGGCCCAAAGUAUGUGGCCUACUACGAAAUAGACACUGGAAAAGACUACGUCAUACUAUCCUCUGGCCCUAAAACCGGAGACUUUAGAGAAGUACAGAGUGGCCCAGAUCCAAGACCAACGGAUCUCCUGAUACAGCAGGCUAACAAAAAUGGUCAGAAGUGUGAGAAGUUCUAUCGAUUGUCACCAGUGGGACUGACAAUUUGCAACAACUACAAGGGAACCGUUGUGGCAGCAAGUUACAACUGGACAGCUGAUGUUGCUGAGGUAUUUUUUUUUGUUUUGCAUUAUUGUAUUUAUGUUACAGAUAGCCCUACAAAAAUUAACCUGGUGAUGAAAGAAAUUGCAUUCAAGCCUGGAUAAUUUUUAACAAAGCAACGUUUCUUUCCUUCUAUUUCUCUUUUUACCCCCACUGCUCAAAAACACUUCUCUCUGUUUUGUUUGACUUAAAAUUCUUAUGAAAUAGAGCUCAAAGUCUCGGAAGCCUUUCUACGCUUAUCAAAGACAAUGUCUUUGUCAAUUUUAAUUGCAUGCACUGCUGCAAGGAUCGUUCCUUUAGUUCUAAGCAAGUGAGUAUGAUCAGGUUUUAUCGGGUUCUAAGCCCCCAAAAAAACUCUUUAGUAAAAUACAUCAAUAAGACAUUAAGUGAACUUCACUUGUGGCCUGUAAGAGAAACCUCAUGUUUUGAACAAGAACUUUCGAUUGCUUAUUUUAAGCAAGUAUCUAAUGAAGAGCAAUUGUUAAAACAGUGAUCAGAUGCAAAUUACAGGGAGUUUGAAGGAUUCAAUUGAGAAAACAGGAUAAAAUAUGUUUGAAAUAUACAGUGGAGCAUUUAUCACUGAAAUUGAGAAAGUCUGUCUUACAACAUGUUCUCCUUGAGGUCAAGAGUAGGCAAAUUGUUAACCAUUCUAUAGUUUUCUCCCUAUUUUGCCUUCUUUAAUGAAAUUUGUUGACGUCACCAUCCCAUGACCACUUCAUAUUUGAAUGUUAUUAAAGCCAAAUUCCACUUCCCACUCUAAACAGAUUGACAACUGGCACAUACUAGACCAGAUGGUGAAGACAAGCCUAAAUGAGUUCCAAGAGAUGUGGAGAAAGAGAGCAAAAGAACGUCGAACAGUUCUAGACUGGGCAACAACAGACACGGGCAAAACACGAAAGAAGAAAGUAACUGACGAAGAAGCCCUUUCACCUGGAUCAGUUGUAAAAGUCGCCCUUGGUGAAAAGUUCAAGUCACUUAAUAUCUACGUCACAAGUUUUGGCAAAAGUGGUUUUCAUCCCAAUUCAAAAUCAACAAAAGCAACAUGGCAACACAAACUCUGUAAAGUGCUUGUUGACGUCUGUCUAAAUGGUACAUCCAAAGUGAAUCCAUUUGCUGUGAAGAAAACACCCAACAACCUAGUUUAUUUAAAACUCGAAAUCCAUGGGAACCCGGUAUUUGUGAAGAGGAUAUUAGAAGGCCGUGAACUAGGUUUUGAAAUCAGAAUCCAGAUGUACAAUCACCAAUCGGCCACAAAACACUAUGCAAUUAACUUACAAUCAAAACGGUUCGGACGUUCUCCGCCAGGAAGCGGUAACAAAAGAGUAGCUGGUGCUGACUAUGACAUGCCCGAUUAUAAUCAACACAAAUGUUGUGGUAAUUGUUACAGCGGGUGUAGUCCCGUGGCCUGGGCUCAAGUUUUUGGAUACUACGACCGCCGCGCAUCAUCAUUUUCCUCGAUAUUUAGUCCUAAAAUAUACGGACACAGUUAUGAAACAGCACCAAAAAAACUGACAAACAAGGUGAAAUACUUUGUGGAAGAUAUUCGUCGACAGGUCAAAACGUUCUGUGACAAUGGAGAGGGUGCCACUUACCCUGAAAAGAUGCGACUCAUCCAGCCAUGGUUUCAGGCCCGCCAGGGAGGAAAGGCACGUGUUGUCAGUUACCUGGAGCCACAAUCGGCUGUAUGGUUAAGAAUCAUAGGAAAGAGGUGGCUGGAUAUUGGAUAUCCUGUUGUUUUUGACUUCCAAUACAGCAAAAAGGAUGGGCACUCAGUGGUUGCCACAAAAUACCGCACUAAAUCAAGAAACUAUCGCCACUGCGAGACUUGGGACCGGUGCUCUGUCAAGAAAACCAGGUGCACCUGGAACACAGCCCAAGACUACGAAUUCUUCCUUCACUAUGGCUGGGGUGGUUAUAACAACCAAUGGCAGAUGCUGGAUCCAACUGAUGCUCAUGUUGCCUACAUUAUCAAGUGACAACUCGUCUAUGCCGUCAAAAAUGAAACAGUCCCGGAGAGUUCUCUAGCUUAAAUUAAAAGACUAAGAAAGUACAAAUCAAUUAAGCAGGGUAUUUUAGUGUUCAAGAGUCCAAAUUAUUAUAAAUUUGCUUUGCAAAGGGUGCAUGGUUGCUUAGAACAGAGGCAUUAAUUGAGACAAUCCCAUUAAAACAUUGCGAGUGUGUUUCGUCACGGAAUGAGCCAAGUUAGAGCCAAGACAAAUGAAAAUAAUAUUAGCACAUCUUUCUUUCCUCAAUUAAUGUUUCAAGUAAAUCUAAGACGAACAACAGUGUGCUGAGUUCCUUUCCGUAUCUCCGUAGCAACAAAAAGAGUUCUACGACAACAACAAAAAAUCCCGAACUUGACUAAUUUCAACAUCAAUUUUACUAAGGUAUAACAAAGCCUGGAUCGAAUCAAACCCUCUACCUUACAGAAUGACGCUAAUUCAGUUGCAGGAUUACAGGGCUUGAUCAACCCGCUUUACUGUUUUCUCAACGCCACAGUUAAUUGUACUGUUCUUCCCCUUUUAGUGAACUAACUGUUAAGUUUGUUAAUCAUCCCAUCAAUUAUUGUCUUUAAGCAACGCUUUCAAUGCUCGCAAGGAGUCAAAAGGGAAAAUUCAAUAUUUUAAAAUGAUCUUAACAACAUCCACGGGCUUACACAUCUACAGGUAAUGGCUGAAUUUAUUAGAUGUUGUUGGUUGAUAUCACUCAAAUUAGAAGUUUGAGUCUAGUCCCAUAGCUCUAAAGCACAAGUUAAAAUCUUUACUCCAUAUCGAUUCUGCAACAACCCAAGAUGCCCAGCCAACUGGGCUUUCUAGAAUGCAACCCUAGACACUUCAUUGCUAGAAAACCUAUAACUAGAGGUAGUUCCAGUCCUGUUGUUUGCCCUCUUUAUCGUUAAUAACAUUAUUAACAAUAAGGAGUUUGAGACAAAAGGGAACAAAAAUAAUUACAAUAAAAUUAAAUUUCAUUGAGCCAUAAAAAAAUUUAAACAGUGUAUGUUGACUCUGACAUGUACAUGUAUCCUAGGUGGCAUGGUACAAUGUACUUACUAACCUUACGGUGUAGGGCUUUAGAUUUUAAGAGUAAAAUGAAUGAUAGACUUUCUUGACACACAAACCGCGGGAAAGCUGUUUCAAGGUUCAGAUUUAUCUGGUUAAUCAUAAGCAGACGAUCUGCUUCGUGCAUUCCUAAAAGUGGUCGAGAGUUAUGACAACUACAGUACGUGGUUAGAAGUUUUCUUGUCCCUGACUUUUUGUAACAAACCAGACCAUUAAUUUUGUACGAC